AUGCGCCGGCCCGCAUUUCCUCCCCGACAGGCUUCUGUCUGUCUCUUCUGCGACGCUCUCGCUGUCCGACGGCCAAACAGAGCCAAGCCUUUGGCCUCCUUCAGCACCCGGAGCCUCCCAAAGUCUCGCCCCACACUGUCUCGAGUUUCACAAGGUGCCAGCGGUAGAGCUGUGACGAGCGCAGCCCGACCGAGAUGGCUGUCAUCUCAAACAAGCAAACGCACAGCUGGGGAACCGGCCGAGGGCCUUCGCGGCGACGAGGAGAUUGCCAACAGGCGGCCGGUAACACCAAAAGCGGCAGGCAAAGAACUCUCUUCGCUUACCAACAUGGUGGCAUACAUCGACAACAACAAGGCCAAGGUUUUGGAGCAUAGGGGCGUCCCAUCUGAAGCCGACACGAGCGCUGCACUGCGAGCUUGCCAAGUGGUUGCAGAUUAUAUUAUGGAUGAAUCAGUACAACCCCAAAUCACGCACAUGAUCAACGAAGCAGAUUCGACUGCGUCAAACCUGUUAUCAUUGGACUCCAGCCGCAGGAAAGCUGCCAAGGCUUCUCCCGCAGACCUGGAUAGCAGUGCUCGCAAUGCUCUGAUAUCCACCCAACUCAAGCAGCUGAUCGACAGGAUAUCUGAAGCUGCAUAUGUAACAUUGGCACACCCAACAGUCUUCAUCACGCCAAGACUGCUGCAAGAGUACGUCAAGGUCCAGGCUACGUUAGGUAGGCCCGAAACACUACCCCGGGUACUUCAACUCUAUGCCUCAAAGCCAAUGCCCCGGGAGGCCUCGGGGUCUAUCGAGUACACGAAACAGAACUCCGACAAGGCCUCCAACGCUGUAGAGUCUUCUGUUGCUGAGACGGCUCUUGACACUGCAAUCGAAGCCAAGAAUCUAGACGCCGCAGUUGGAAUUAUUGAAAGUACAUACACAACAAAAGCUUUCAUCCGAUCUAAACUUCUCCGUAAUGCCACCCUCCCAGUUGCAACCUUUGCAGCAACCCCAUUAGCAGCCUAUGCGGUAGCGAGAAACUUCUCCGUGUUCCAAGACGCCAUGGACGCCGCACAUGCAACCAAUGUAGCUUUUGUUGCUAUAUUAGCCUAUGUCGGAUUUACUGCUUCGAUCGGUAUUGUUGCGGCAACAACAGCGAACGAUCAGAUGAAACGGGUUACCUGGGCCCCCGGUAUUGCCCUGCGCUCACGCUGGAUCCGAGAAGAAGAGAGGGCGGCAUUGGACAAGAUCGCCUGUGCGUGGGGCUUUGCUGAGAAAUGGCGUCAAGGCGAAGAAGAAGGCCCUGAGUGGGAUGCGCUUCGCGAGUACAUUGGGCAGAAAGGGAUGGUGCUAGACCGGACCGAGUUAAUGGACGGUAUGCAGUGA